UGAUCUCACGGUUUGUUUCAGUCUCUGGAAAAGUUGGGAUCAGCGGCUCUGCUCGUUCCAGCCGCUGCAGUGAGAGCGGACACUUGUCUGUGUGUCUGCGGGACAGAGGCGGUACAAUCCUCGGCAGUGUUCUGAGACUGUACGCCCCCCCGCCCCCCCGAAACCCCCUCGACCACCGGCUCCAGGAGCUCCAGAGCACCGGUAAGGAGCGGCAGCAGCAGCCCGGUCCUGCAGCCUCCUCAGCCGGCCUGACUCUGUGGACUUAACCCGCUGCAGCAGCUUCGGUUCUUCAUCUCAAAACUGUCUCUGAGUUUCAUUACUGAGACUCUGAAGUUGGACUAAACCAUCGCGGGGAUUAAACCAUUGAUUUGGGCAGAGGAGGAAACAUGACUGGAGAUAGAGAGAAGAAGAGGGGCAGCUCGGAGCGUCGCAAGGAGAAGUCUCGGGACGCAGCUCGAUGCCGACGCAGCAAAGAGACAGAGGUUUUCUACGAGCUGGCUCACCAGCUGCCGCUCCCCCACAACGUCAGCUCCCACCUGGACAAGGCCUCCAUCAUGAGGCUGGCUAUCAGCUUCCUGCGCACACGCAAGCUGCUCGCCACAGGCGGCAGCAGCAGCAGCAGCAGCAGCAGCAAGGACGACGACGAGGACGGACAGAUGGACAGUCAGUACCUGAAGUCUCUGGAGGGCUUCGUCACCGUGGUAACAUCAGACGGCGACAUGAUAUUCCUGUCCGAGAACAUCAACAAGUUCAUGGGGCUCUCGCAGGUGGAGCUCACUGGUCAGAGCAUCUUUGACUACACACACCCAUGUGACCACGAGGAGAUCAGAGAAAACCUCAGUCUGAAGACAGCUGGAAGUGGCUUCGGUAAAAAAGUCAGAGAGCUGAGCACCGAGCGAGACUUCUUCAUGAGGAUGAAAUGCACGGUGACCAACAGGGGGCGCACUGUCAACCUGAAGUCGGCCAGCUGGAAGGUGCUGCACUGCACCGGACACCUGAGGAUGUACAGCAGCUGCCCCCCCCGGGUGCUGUGCGGCUUCAAGGAGCCUCCGCUCACCUGCGCCGUCCUGAUGUGCGAACCCAUCCCGCACCCGUCCAACAUCGACACGCCGCUGGACAGCAGGACCUUCCUGAGCCGACACAGCAUGGACAUGAAGUUCACCUACUGUGACGAGAGGGUAACACAACUGAUGGGUUACACACCUGAGGAUCUGAUGGGUCGCUCGGUCUACGACUUUUACCACGCCCUGGACUCAGAUAGCGUCACCAAGAGCCACCACAACCUGUGCACCAAGGGGCAGGCGGUGAGCAGCCAGUACCGAAUGCUGGCUAAGAACGGAGGCUACAUCUGGGUAGAAACUCAGGGAACUGUCAUCUACAACAGUCGUAACUCGCAGCCUCAGUGCAUCGUCUGCAUCAACUACGUCCUCAGUGACAUCGAGGAGAAGUCCAUGGUUUUCUCCCUGGAGCAGACGGAGUCGCUGUUCAAGCCGCAUCACAUGAGCAGCUUCUUCACUGCAGGAGGCGCAGGUGUGACCGGAGAGCCUGGAGACAACCUCUUCUCCAAACUCAAAGAGGAGCCGGAGGACCUGGCUCAGCUGGCUCCGACACCCGGGGACACCAUCGUUUCCCUGGACUUCGGUCGUCCUCAGUUCGAGGUGUCCACUGCAGCCAUGCUCCCUCCAGGACCUCCAUCCUGGGGCAGCGAGAGCCACAAGCCCGCCGCUCCGGCAUCAGGCCAGACCCUGGCUCCGGCUCCAGGAGACCUGGCGAACAUGGCUGCAACAUUCACCGUGCAGCAAAACCCGCCACCGGGCAGCGCCACCCCGAGCCUCAGCAGCUGCUCCACGCCGAGCAGCCCAGGUGAUUACUACAGCUCGGUGGAGAGCGACCUGAAGGUGGAGCUGACGGAGAAGCUGCUCGCUCUGGACACAGAGAGCAGCAACAAGCCUGCAAACACAGAGAGGGACUUGACUGACUUGGACCUGGAGACUCUGGCUCCUUACAUCCCGAUGGACGGAGAGGACUUCCAGCUGCACCCCAUCGUCCCAGAGUCCGAGUCCCGGGAGGGGAGUCCAGCCAGGUGCAUGGGCAGCAGCAAUCCACAAACACGGAAGUCGCCCCACCAGAGCUUCAGCAACAUCACCAGUCUCUUCCAGCCCCUGUCCUCGCCCCCGCACACCCAGGGCCACUAUCAGGCUGCAUCCUGGGCUACGGGGGAGAAGAGGGUCUCCGGCCAGGGGACGAUGAACCCCCACGCGGUGCCAUACAUGAUGGGCCACAUGCAGAAUCCCCCGUACCAGGCCCCUGCAAGCACCCCUCUGUCCUCCAUAGGUGGCAGGCAGAACCUGCAGUGGCCACCGGACCCUCUGUUAACCUACCAACAACAGCCACAAGCCGCCAAGGCCUACCUGCUGGACAGUGUGUCAGGAGAGACGCUCCCGUCCUGCCAACAGAACAUGCCCCAUCACAUGCAGAAGCAGAGGUCCAUUGACAAUUUUGUACAAGCCUACAGAGACAUGAGUCCAGCCAGAGUGGCCAUGAACAACAGCAUCAAGCGCUCCUUCACCCAGAUGAACGUGGGCGACCAUAAGGCGUCAGAACUCAUGUGGAAGAAGAUGAGGAGUGAGAACUGUGUCACCAUGGAUCGCUCCCUCAGCACAGGAUCACUGGCAGAGUCGAGGAUGUUGCCCGGCAGCAUGUCGUCAUGUCUCAGCUCCCUGCAGCAGCACAGAAAGUCCCAGUACCCAGGAAACGGGAUGGGAGGCACAAACGAGAAAGUCUUCACACGGAAGAGCUGCAACUACAGCGAUUAUAACCUGCUGCCUUCAAACAAGGCCGAGGGUAUAGCUAGUCGUCUGCUGGGCCCCUCGUUCGAGCCCUGCUGUCUGCCCGAGUUGACCCGUUACGACUGCGAGGUCAACGUGCCGCUGCAGGGGAACCUGCACCUCCUCCAGGGCUGUGACCUGCUGAGAGCCCUGGACCAGGCCACCUAGAGCCCCAGAUCCAAACCCCACCGUAGACCCGGACUUAAUCCCAGCCCUGAACCUCAGCCUGCAGCCUGAGACUUACAUUUUACACCUCCGGGCCCCUGAGAGCCCCGAGGCUAAGCUACCUAUAGGGAAUGUGCUCAUAACCACGUCCUGCCUUAUUUAGCUCCUUUCACCGACUCUCUGUCCACUCUGUAGAUCUGUAAACAGAAUCCACACGUGUCAGACGAUGUGGGUGAAAAAAGGUCAAUGUGGGUAAAUUUUCUAAAACGAUGCCUGACCUGCGUCGUGUGUUCAAACGUCUCGACGCUGUGAUUCCUCAGAGGUCACAGGUCGACUCUGGUCACACGCGCAGGAUAAACUCGGGUCUUUUGGUGUAAACAGGGUAUUAGAGGUGUGAGAUUCACACACACACACACACACACAAUCUGCCUUAAAGGCCGAACGUCUGCAGCCACACACACACAACACACACAUGCACACAUGCACACAUGCCACGACCAGCCAUGUAGGCACGGGAUUCAAACCUACGACCUGUGUCUUAUCCGUCUCGUCCGCAGAGCGACACCCUGACAUGAACUCUAUGCAGCUCAGCCUUACGUCUCUUUAUCAUUUAGCUCUGAGAGGAUUAUUGUUAUCAAACUACCGACACUCUGAGUUUAUCGGACCAGCGAUUAGACCCAGACCACUUGUUCGGCUCGGACUCGAGGCUCCGACUGGAACAAGUGGAAUUGUAGCCAUUUUAAAAUCAAUAAGAACUGAGGAUUCUUUUACUAAAUAUUGAUUCUGCUCGUUGAUUCCAAAAGACGACGUCUUAAUCACAGCAGUGCAGCGAUCGCCAGAAUUUAAUCUGUUGUGAUAGUAGUGGAUUUUAUUCAUUAAAUUCUUGACUCACAAUUACUUAAAAUUGUGUAAAAGUUGUUGCAGUUGUCACAGAUUUAUCUUGAUAUUCAGCCUGAUAGAAAAAUCUACUCAGAGGAGGCGACAUAUAUAUCGAAUCCAACUUUAAAGAGUGGACACGUAGCUGAAAGCCGAUUUGUCUCCGAUCUGGGACGUUUGUCGUCGUGGGAACUUGUUGGGUUUCUCUAUAUUUUUCGAAGGUCUCCUCAAAGUGCCUUAUGUGCGUUAUGAUUUGGUGAUUUACACACAAGAUUGAAUUAAUUGUCAGAAAGUUCCAAAAUAAGUUGAAAAUCCAGUUGAAAGUCGUGUGAAAGAGGCUUUAGCUUCAUUUUUAAUGGUAAUUAGACGUCAGAAGAGAUAAAACCUUUAAAUGACAUGAAACUUUUAUCAUCUCGGGACAAUACGCAAGUAACGAACGUUUUCCAGAAUAAAAUGUGUUUUAAAGUUUUUUAAAUAGUUGGAUUUAAUUUCUCUCUUGAAAAGAAUCUGGAAUCAAUAAGCAGAAUCCAAGAUGACACCUCUCUCUGCUCAGGUCUUUCUCACCAUUACAGACAAACAUUCACAAACGGGAUCGUCCGCCUCUCGUCACCGUGACGUCGAGUUUGUUGAUUCACGACAGAAACUGGUGCACACGACGUAAUUCAUCUGUUAAACACACAUGCAUGACUUAGUGUUUUUUUAGUUAUUACAGUUCGUCUAUUAUUGAACUUUUAUCGAAUCUGCCCACGUUAUUUCAUCCAAAUCGACACUUUACCAUAUCAAUACUGCUUUUUUUAUUUACCUACCAGAUUAUUUUAUUUUUUGUGUCUAUCUCGAAGACACACUAAUAAACAUAUAUUGCAAUACAAGUACUCUACUGUAAGUGGAAUAUUGAUAAAUUGUUGUUUUUUCUUCUUACCUCUCAGUCGGGUAAGUAGCUCGUGUGACUACAGGGUUUUUUUCUUAUCGUGCAAUUAUUAUUAUUUCAAAAUGUGAUAAAGUUGAUAUAGUCAGCAGCAAAGCUAUCGCCUUAUUCAUUAAACUCAUAGCAUGUACAAAAGCAGCCUGGUCGACACGCACAGGAUUAUAUAUGUUGCAGGAUUACACACACACACACACACACACACACACACACACACACACACACACACACACACACACACACACACACACACACACACACACACACCCACAUGUGUCACGCUAAACAGGAAACAAUAAGAAACAGCAGGUGUGUGCACAGGAAGUGGAACCUCUCCUGUUUAAAUGUGUUGGGCUCUUUACCUAUUCUAUAGAUUUACAUGUUGUUAUUUAUCUUCAUAUUCUGCAGAUUCAGGCAGCGACAGUGGAGAUGUUCUGAGUCAGAAAAAAUUAGGAUGGAACAACAUAAAUGAAAGAUUUCAAAUUGUCCUAAAAACAAAAACAUGAAAGUUAUAUAUUAGUGAAGCAGCUUCACUUACAUUUUACACUGAAAAAUGAUAUUUUCCUUAAUUUCCUUUGCUCAUGUCUCUUUUCUGAGAAUAUAACUCAGAGCGUUGUCCUUCAUUUUCACAGAAAUGAGCAGAAACACGUGUUUACCUAGUGCGUUUGAAUAGUUGAUUUGUAGUUAAUAAUCUAAAAUGUGCACCUUAAAUCCAGCUGCAGGAUAUUUAUUGGGGGCGUUCAAGCCACUCGAGCCAAUCAGAAGAGAAUUAGAGGAGUCAGGAGGACGACUGGACCAAUCAGAGGCUAAAACGAUGGUUUACCGUUAACGCCUCUUCGGUUUUUAGAUGAAAAAGCACAGGAGAGGUCACCGCUGAGUUCACCGCUGCACUAACCGUGUCAUGUAGAAUCACGCACCUAUUAGACCGUUCAUUGGGUGUGAACAUGUCAGAAUCAGCAGCCUGUGAAGUGGAACGUUUGUAUUUUUCUUAGACGAUGACAAGAAUCAUGACACAUGAUAUUUACCACGCAAUGUUUUUCACAUGUCGAUGAGUAACGUCGGCAGCUGUUCUCUCUCUCUCUCUCUCUCUCUCUCUCUCUCUCUCUCUCUCUGUGUUUCUCGCUCUUCCUUUGAGGUAUCUGUCGUCGUGUGGUGACCACUUCUAUGAACCAUAGAGCUUUGUGCACAUAUAUGUUACGUAUUUGAAGCUAAUGUUGAAGAGUGUUUUUGUGUCCUGGUACUUUGUCCCGGAGCUGAUCCCUCGACGUGCUCUUUCCUCUCGUGCCGUCUCCGUGUUGUGUUUUAUUUUUUAUUCUUCCCUUCAGAGUUUUAUCCCUAAAUUUGUAUCCGAUCUGUUUUGCUGGCCAGUAACGUUUUUUUGUUCUUGCUUUGAAAUGCUCAGAUUAAAAGAUAAAUAUCUGGGGGGGUUUUUUUAAGUUUCACUAUCCAGAUAUGUAGCAUUUUUGAAUAUUGUUAAGAGGAUAAAGUUGCCACAUGAUUAAUCACAUAGUUUUCCAGUUGCUUCUUAGACCACGUAUGUGUCAUGUGUUGAACUUUUCUUCCAUCCGGUGGAUCCACUAACGCUGUUCUCUGCUUUAUGUCGCUGAAAUGUUCUAUACGGUUGAUUUUAAUCUUUAUAAUGUGCCUUAAAAUGAGGAGUUCACCCUUCGGCAGCACAGCUUGUUUCCUGCAACCUUUAGACGACAUCCUUCAUAUAUGAGGGGAGUAUUAUUGAAGAUUAUCCAAACCUAAUAUUGCAUCUUAUCCGAAAAUAACAUGUUAAAGUGUCAUUUUAUGGAUAAAUUGGAUUAAAUUUCCCUUUGUUUCCCCAAGUUUUAAAUUUAAUUAGCUCAUUAAACUCCAGUCUACACUUUAACUGAAUCUCCUGAAGUUUGUUUGACUGUUUUUUAACCCAAUUGUCAUGAUAAUCGUCCAAUUAUAAACCACAAUUAGAGAUUCUGGGGUGCAGUUGGUUAAUCUUCAUAAUAAACCCUCAGGCUUUGUAGUGAACAUCCUCCGUAGCCUCUUCACAGUGACAGUAGAACCCUCAUAGAUUCGAGUAGAACCCAUUAGAGCCCAUCAUAGAUCCCCUGGUGAUGAAGAGUCAAAUUUUACUAAAAGGUUUUAAAGGAAAUGGAUUCAUUCAGCACGACCGAACAGUCUGUGUGUAGAUGAAGCUGCUCGUGGUUUUUUUUUAGGUUUAAUGGAAUAAAGGGAGAUUAUUUGUCAGAGGAGGCUGCAGAGUUCGAUCCAAGCACAACACUCAUUUAACCGACUUGAACUCCAGGUGAUGCAGAUCAAUAUCGAAGAGAUUUUAAAAGAUAUAUUUUAGGUAUAAUGAUGUGUUUGCACAAUACAUUAACAUGAUAUACAUGGGACUUUUGUUAUAUGUUAUAUGUUUUAUUGCCCAGUUUUAGUUUCAACUAAAUUCUCAGUGUAAGAAAUAAGUGAAAAACAAACUGAUGUUGCAGUUUUGUUGUGUCUAUAAUGAAAUUAGUGACUAAAAGUCAGAUUAAAUCCAGGUUGUAAGAAUUAAAAUAAUAUAUGUUCAGUAGGAUUAGAGACACGUGUUAUGGUGAGAGGGAUGAGAGCAGAGAAACAGUUUGAUGAGUUUGAUUUUGAAGGAAAACUGAAAAGACGAACGACCUGAAGAGAUGAAUCCUGCUCAGUCUGCAAACUGACGCACAUCCCUUCACUCCUCUGUUUCUCCUCUCACUCCAUCUCACUUUCACUAAACUAAAUCUAUUUGUUUUCUCUCAUGUGCAAUUACUUUAGACAAGUAGCCAUUUUUUAUAUAUUAGUUGUUCAUAUUUAAAUAAUAAAAAGCCUGUAAAUGAAGCUUUAAAUUGUUCCCAAUUGGUCAAAUCAUCUUUUAUUUUAACUGUAUCUUUACAUCACGAUAUAUAGAAAUAUCUUUUGUUCAAGUGCUAAAUGCAGUUUCUGGAGACGAAAGAGGUUUUUAGGAAAACGUUAAAAGUCUUGAAACACACGUGUGCGUAGAAGAAGAACAGCACCUCAACACGGAUGUUUUUAGCUAAUUGUGUUCAUGUAUGUGGAAAGAGAUGGAGAGAGGGAAGUCGAAUUUCAAAAUAAAACUGUAGGCAGAGGAGAAGCCCCGCCCACUUUUUAAAGUUAGUUUCUGCUCCUUUAGCUUUGCCUUGAAAAUUCAAAACGUUAUGUUGGUUUCCAAUAAAGACGCCUGUUUUUAUGUUAAACCUUCACGGGAAGUGUAGUUUUUAACGUUAGUUUUGUUACAUUUGUUAAGAAAUGUGACAAUUUUACUUUGAAUUAUAGGAAAUAUUUAAAAAAAAUUGAAAACAAGAGCAGUUCUCAGCUGUUCACAAAAGUAAAAAUAACGACAGUUGAGAAAAAUCUAUGAGGACUAAACGACAAGUGAAACCGAUGCAGUGGGCGGGGCUGCAGUUCUCUACUUAAACUCUAGAGGGCGUGUCACCAGUCCUAGUGCUCAUCACGCUGUGCUGCCUGAAGGGUGUUCCUCCGAAAACAAGAGAGACGAUAAAAGGUUCCAGGAUUUACUUCAGUUGUUCAUUGCUCGUCUUCUUUAAACACAAAUAUCAGCGUCUUGUCUUGUUUAGUUUUUCCUGAUGGGAUCCAUGUUCUGCUACAUCUGUUGUGAAACAGUUUUAUUAGCUGAUUCUACAUUUUUUUUAAAUAUGCAUAAAUUUCAUAUUGAUCUUAUUAUUAUCAUAUACUGUUAUCAUUGUUAUUACUAUAUGGGGAAUUUAACCUGAUAAGAAGUUUGUGUUUCUGCACUGAUCUUAUUAUUAAAGCAUAACUGAUCUUACCCUCCCUCA